GCACAGUGAUUAAGGGGGAGGACCAAUGGCAACAAAGGAGACGGAAAGGACGGUAGCUCCUCCUCUCGCUAUCUCUCUCUCUCUCUCUCUCCCUCUCUCCCUGUGCUUUAUAGAUGCAUAUAAUCCCUGAAUUGACCCAGAAAACAAACUCCUCCGACUGCCGAGACGCCGCAGAGUUUGUAUCCGCCGCAGGGCUGCAUGUAGCCGGAGCAUCAGCUGGAGAAACAACCCCGGCAUUGAUCCAACUUCUCCGUACGGACGGACUCGACAUUAAUCCAUCGGGGUGAUAGAGGCCAUGGCUGAACACAUGAUGAUGCCCAUGACCCACGGCUUCAGGAUGGGCAUGAACGGACCUCCGCAGCACAACGGCCAGCCCGGCAUGCGCACUCUGCCCAAUGGCCAGGUGAUGCACUACGGCAGGAACCCUCAGAACAGCAUGGAGGCUGCCAUGAGACAGAGGCAGGGCAUGGUGGGACCCGGCGGGAUGGCCGGCCCCGUUAACGGAGUUCCCAUGGCCAACCACCACCACCAGAUGAUGUCUGGAAACAUGAUGUACAAUGGCCAGGGUCCGCAGCAGCAGCAGCACCAGCACCACCACAUGCACCCCCAGCAGCAGCAGCAGCAUCAUCAUCAUCAGCAGCAGCAGCAGCAGCAGCAGCAGCAGCAGCAGCAGCAGCAGGGUGGACACCCACAGCAGUAUCUCCCUGGUAACCUCACCUCUCAGCAGCUUAUGGCCAGUAUGCACCUGCAGAAACUCAACACUCAGUAUCACGGACACCCGCUGGUCUCAGCCAACGGCCACCAUAUGCCCAAUGGUGCUCAGUAUCGGGUAGGUCCGGCCCAGCUAUCAGGCAUGCAGCACAUCGGCGGCCCUUUGGGACUAAACGGCAUGGACAUGGAUCUGAUCGACGAGGAGGUUCUGACUUCACUAGUGCUGGAGCUCGGGUUGGAUCGCAUUCAGGAGCUGCCCGAGCUCUUCCUGGGACAGAAUGAGUUUGACUUCAUAUCGGACUUUGUGUGCAAACAGCAGCCGAGCACGGUGAGCUGUUGAGCGAAGCGUCCGGAAGCCGGUCGGGUUUGUUUGGACUGGACAUCACCCCCCCGCCCCCCAAAGAAUGACUGAGCGGUCACAGUAGCACAGCGAGAGGAGACAAUCUCUCUGUUCUGUUUGGGUGUUUCUGUGUAUUUGACAGUGGCUAGUACACCUUCACACUGACCUGCCUGUGAGUUGAUAAAGAAUUGUGAAGAGACAAAACGCAGCAAAAGCACCAGGUUUCCUUUCUUUGAGCCGGAUCUGUCGUCUUUGGUCAAAUGGAGGCAUCCCGAUGCAGUGGGCUCUGUCUGUACCCAUCUGGCCCUCAGCACAUGUGCCUGCAUUGUCAAGGCUUUGGGAUAAUUGUAAACUUAACAAACACAAUGGGGGAAGGCCUCGAAAGACUAUCCAUCUGGGUCUGCUAGAUUCUGUGGCAUCCCAAAAUCUUUUUAAGUAGCAGGCGUUUUACAAAUUUAUAAAAGGUAGUCCUCUGAAUUUGUUUAUACGAGGAUGAAGGGAUUAAGAACAAGUUGUUUUCUUUCCGACAUGCAUAUUGAAGGCUGGCUCUUCAAAACUGAAAAAAAAAAAAUGUACACAUUUCCUUGAAGAGCAGGAGAGUGAGGUUGUGCAGCAUUCCUGGGUGGCGUGAUGGGGUUUACCUCGGUUUGGUCGGGGGGGAAAUGUGCUACAUUGAUUCUUCAGCUUUCAGUGUCACUUACCUGACUCCGAUUUAAAUCUGCAAAUAUUAAAUGUAUCGCAUCUUUUCCCCCCUCUAGUUAACUGUGAUUGAAUCAUUGCCAAAGUAGCGCAUCGCUUAGAGUGUCGGCUUAAACAAAGCAUUUACCCGUAGAAAAUGACUCGGAAGUCUCUGUGCUCCGAGAGAGCUAGAUGCUCAUUGCAAGCACAUUUUGGGUUGCUGCUUCGUAGAAUUGCGUAGGGAGGGAGAAACGUGAUAGUAUUGAUGAGAAAUGCCAGGACUCUGGCCUGUUGCAAGAUCCAAGAAAAGCCCAAAAAAAAAAAAAACAGCCAUCAGAGGGUGAAGGUGUUGGUGACAAAUCUGAGGUGGGAGUUUUUUCUAAAACAGGAUUGGUUUAAAUGAAAAAGAAGUGCGCGAUUGCAGAAUUUGCAUCUGUGUGUUGUUUGUGUACGUCUGUGUGUGGUCAGUGCAGUGAGGCAUUUAAAACCCAUUGAAUGGUCUCCUCCUCCCUACCAACCGUGGCCCUGUGUGCUGAACAUGAUUAGAGGCUGAGCAGGGGGGGAAAGAGGGGUGAGAGAUUCUGAUGGGUGGACACAGCACUCCCCGGCAGCACUUAGUUUAAUCAUUAUUUAAAUCUGCUACCUGUGGCAUUGAUUUCACUCGGCAGGAGGAGCGAGCAGCACGAAGCGUGCAAAGUUGUUGUUUUUGCCAUAGAUCAGCUUACUCCGCUGCUUUUCUACUGAUUAGAUUUAAAUUACAUGUUCUCACACGCUAGUCUUAAUUGAGGUCGGCUUGCACAUUCUCCAGUGACUCAAUAAUUAUAAAAACGGACAUGUUCUGUGGCGUUUGUUUUUGUUUUGCGCGGUUGGUAAUUAGGUUUUUGUCAAGGUGGCUGCUUUGCCGCUGCGGGCUGGUUGAGAGAGAACUUCCUGCACUCAUAAUGCUAUUUGUGGAGCUGUCAUGAGGGGUCAGGGCUGCGCGAGGGCACCGUGUUAAUCUGUUCCAGUACAACGGUGCUGCUGUCCCUGACUGUCUCUCUGGAGAUCUGCCACCUCCCGAGCUCUCGACUCAAACAACGGGCAUCAAAAACGCUGCUGUAAAAGGCAGAGAUUUUGCCACCGAGCUCACGCUCCGUUUCACUUCUUGCCCCGACAAACUCACGAGCUCACUGUUUCACUGUUGAAGUGAAACAUGCUUCUGGCCUCUCAUUACUGCUAUAUCAAUAAGCGCAGCCUUCUUGUGUAUUGUAUCUUUGUACUGUAGACUAGAGAUGAAGUUGAUCUAGACACAUUUAAGGUACUUUUCCGAGAAACAUUGUCAGAUGUAAAUGUAAAUCAGUGGCUGAUUUUGAUGUGUUGACAAGAGAUUAUAUCCUGCUUUUUUUUUUUUUUUUUACAAACGAGUGUGUAGAUACAGUACGAGUACAUCAAUGGUUUUUGGGUGCGGGACCUGAAGCUUUAAGACCAAGUAGACUGCAUGAUAAA